GAUUCUAUAUAAAAUGAAUAUUGGUUGGAUUGGUACGGGAGUAAUGGGUGUGUCUAUGUGCAAGCAUAUUCUUAAGGCUGGUCACAAAUUACGCAUAUACAACAGAACAGUUGCAAAGGCAUAACCUGUAAUAGAAGCAGGAGCAGAAUUUGUUCAACCUCGAGAAUUGGCAGAAAACUCAGAUAUUGUGUUUCUGAUGUUGGGAUAUCCAAAGGAUGUUGAGGAGGUAGUUUUGGGAGAACAUGGAAUAUUAAAUCACAUGAAAAAGGGUACAGUGCUGGUUGAUCACACUACUUCAUCACCUGAAUUGGCAGAGAGAAUCUUCAAGGCAGCAAAUGAGAAGGAAAUAGAUUCAAUUGAUGCUCCAGUAAGUGGAGGAGACAUCGGAGCGAGAGAGGGAAGACUGGUGGUGAUGUGUGGCGGAUAAUAGAAGGCAUUGGAUAGAAUAAAUGAUGUAUUAAAAGUGUAUAGUGCCAAUGUGUAAUUAAUGGGAGGUCCUGGAUUGGGUUAACAUACUAAGAUGGUCAAUUAGAUAGUGUUGGCUGGGAAUAUGAUAGGAACAGUGGAGGGGUUGUUGUACGGACACAAGUGUGGAUUGAGUUUGGAAUAGUUGAUUAAUACAAUAAAGAGUGGGGCAGCUAAUUCGACAGCUUGGAGUGUUCUGGGACUGAGAAUGGUGAAGGGAGACUUUGAGCCUGGAUUUUAUGUUGAACAUUAUAUUAAAGAUUUAAGCAUAGCAAUUAACGAGGCCAAUAGGAUGAACUUGAGUUUGCCAGGGUUGGCAUUGGUGAAACAGUUGUAUCAUGCUUUGGUUGCCCAAGGGGGAGCACGUAAUGGAACGCAGGCUUUGCUAUUGGCAUUGGAGACAUUGAAUAAUCAUAAAAUUAGAUGAU